UUCAACUUUCAUAAUCACUCUCCAAAACCUAAUUACUCGUACCUAAAUAGAUGGACUCAGUCAUAACAGGAGCUGAGUAUCAAGUGUUCCUGAGUUUUAGGGGCACGGAUACUCGACAAGGAUUUGCAGACUGCCUUUAUCAUUUCCUGAUUGAUGCCGGGCUUCGCGUGUUCAGAGACAAUGAAGAGAUUCACCAAGGUGAGAAGAUCGAAGAGAUCCUAAGGGCCAUAGACAAAUCAACCAUCUGCAUGCCCGUCUUCUCCAAGGGCUAUGCUUCUAGCAAGUGGUGCCUCAGCGAACUAGCUGAAAUGGUGGAAAAGAAAAAAAAGAUUAUGCCUAUCUUCUAUGACGUGACUCCGGAUGAUGUAAAGCUCAAAACGCCUCUUUAUCGCACUGCUCUGCAAACACAAAAUGGGCAUAAAAUGGAGAAGAAACGGUGGGAGAAUGCAUUGAAGGUGGUGGCUAAGAUAAAAGGAUCGAAACUAGAAAAUACCGGUCAUGGUGAGUUAUGCAAAUCAAUUAUCAAAAAGGUCUUGGAAAAUUUGAAGGUAAAAAAUCGGGUUGUAACUAACAACCUAGUAGGAAUGGAUGAAAAUAUUGAAGAAAUGUUGGCCUACUUAGAAAUUCAAGCUCCUGAGGUGAGAUAUGUGGUUAUUCAUGGAAUAGGCGGUAGCGGCAAGACAACUCUCGCAAAGACCCUGUUCAAUCAACUAUCAAGCUACUUUAAGGAGGCUUGUAGUUUCCUAUCAGAUAUUCGAGAGUCUUCAAAACAUGGCCUUGAGCAUCUGCAGAAGAAGCUAAUUCAUGAUCUUCUACCAAAAGACUCGGGAACUAUUUCGGAUACCGAUGAGGGGAUCAACACCCUCAAAAAAAGAUUACAAAAUAAAAAGGUUCUCAUAGUUCUUGAUGAUGUGGAUAAACGGGAGCAAAUUGACAGUCUGGCUGGAAGUUCGAGUUGGCUUUCUCCUGGAAGUAGGAUAAUUGUCACAACCAGGGAUAUAGGUGUUUCAGCAGCUGAGCAAGAGCAUAUGGAAGAGGGCAAUGGGAAGAAGUCGCAGGAAUUGUGGACCUUGGAAAUGGGAGAAAUGAAUUUCAAACAUGCUCUUCAACUAUUUUCGAGGCACGCUUUUAAAAUGGAUUAUCCUCCAGGUGAUUUCGUCGAUCUAUCAAAAGAUGUUAUUUCUGUUAUUGGACGACUUCCUAUGGCUCUUGAAAUCACAGGUUCACAUCUUUUUGGCAAACAUAAAGAAGCAUGGGAGAACAGCCGAAAUAUGAUGAUGACGAUACCUCAAAAGAACAUCCAAGAAACAUUAAUGAUAAGCUACAAAGCGCUAGACUUUCGAGCAAAACAAAUCUUUCUUGAUAUAGCAUGUUUGCCAGCUAAAACAGAGAUAAAAAUUGCCAAUUACAUGUGGGAAUCUUGCGGAUUUCGUCCAGAGAUGGGGACUAAAGAGCUAAUUUCAGCAUCUAUUAUAAAAGUAACAGAUGAUGGCAAACUGUGGAUGCGUGACUAUCUCAGAGAUCUAGGGAAAGAAAUUAUUUGUAUGGAGAACUUUAUGGAUUCUGGGAUGCGCAGCCGGCUAUGGGAUCACGAGGAAGCAUUGGGUAUAUUGAAGAGAGAAGAGGGAUCCGAAAAAAUUGAAGUUUUGUAUCUUUCAAGUGAUGAUCCUACACAAAAUUGCAAUCUCUUGCAAAGUCAUUUUAAAAAACUUCGCAAUCUGAGAUGUCUUCAUUUGCACGGGAUUAAUAUUGUUGGGGAUUUCGAGCAUCAAUUUAAAAAGUUAAGAUGGCUAUCUUGGCAUCGUUGCCCUUCGGAUUUCAAGGCAGCCAAUCUAUAUAUGGAGAAGCUAGCAAUUCUUGAUCUCUCCAAUAGUGAUAUCUGCGAAGAAUGGGAAGGAUGGAGCCAAAUAAAGGCCGGAGACAAUUUAAAAGUUCUAGAUCUCUCUUCGUGUACAAUAUCUGGAACACUCGAUCUAUCACAAUAUAAGAACCUAGAGAGAUUGCUUCUUAAUGAUUGUCAAGAUUUGACAAGACUCAGCUGCUCCAUCGGCAAUUUGAAGAAAUUGAAGCACUUGGAUUUGAGGGAUUGCGGGUCUCUUCUAGGUUUGCCCGAAGAAAUCGGUUCUCUUGAAGCAUUAGAAGAGCUUUUCCUAUCAAAUUGCAGCCCGGACUUCACCACGUUGCCGGAUUCGAUCGGUAAUCUGAAAUCCUUGGUAGUUCUUGAUAUAUAUUAUGUCAGGAUCGUGACGCUUCCAGACACGAUUGGCAAGCUGAAGAAACUUAAACACCUGUUGUUGAGAAGUUGCUGGAUAGAAAGGCUACCGGAAACACUUGGAGAUAUCCAGACAUUAGUUCAAUUGGACCUGCAAUUUACAUAUACUGCUCAGCUACCUGAUUCCAUCGGACGCCUUAAGAAGCUUCAGUAUCUCUGUCUGAGCUUGUGCCGCUGGCUUGAAACACUUCCGAGCUCGAUUGGCUAUCUAGAGGAACUGAUAAUAUUAGAGAUGUCAUAUUGCAAGGUGAAAACGUUACCUCGGUCUAUCGGAAUGAUGCAGAAUCUUGAAGAGUUGCUUGCAUUUGGAAGCUACUUAGAAGAAAUCCCACCAGAAAUCGGGCGUUUGUCUUGCUUGAGAACUUUGGACUUAUCAUGGACCAACAUAUGCCAGUUGCCUUCGACAAUCGAUCAACUUUCUUCGCUCGAAAACUUUUCUGUGCAGUUGUGCGAACGACUCAAAGAACUGCCAAAGCUUCCAGCAGGUCUGGUCCAUCUAUCUGCGGACCCUGGUGUACUAGAGAGCGUCAUCCUGGAUCUUUUAAAUAAAACUAGUUUGGUGUCGAUAAAUGGUCAAGGCGUUGAGGAAUGGCGACUCUCCCAAGUUAAGAAACGUAAGGACCAGCUGCUGGCUGCUGGUAAGCGGCGCUCUAAAUCUAGGGGUGUUCGUGGAAAGUCUGAGAUGAGCUGAAACAGUCAAGCUGGGUUUGAUAUCUAGCUAGUGGUGUUUUAUAUUGGCAAAAUCCGACUGUGACUCAGCUCGAUCUUCUACGGUUUGUAGGAAGUUGCAGUGUCAUGGAUUGCCUUGGCAUGCCGGGGAGUAUAUUAGACAAUGACAGGGGUUGAUCGCGUUGACCUGCUAGGGGUGACGGUCUGUGUCACAUAACCUAAUUAAGAGGGAUUGUAAGUAUUGAUGUUCCAAUAAAACAUUCAGUUCUUUUUUUUUUCCCUUUUUCUUGGUGUAAUAAACAUUCAGUUCUUUAAUUGAAAUGCUCAGAUGGGAUUAUAUU